AUGAUUGGUAGCAACCGUGUCGUUGACCGUGGAGGUACCGUGCUGCCUCUUGUUCAAAGGUUUGACACUCCCGGAAGUGUUGAUAGCGUGUCCGUUACACCAUCGGCCGAUUCGGUGUUACCCUUCGACGUGAGUAACCGCUACAGGGCAAACACCGGCGUAACCGCUAUGUCUUCGAGCCCGGCUAACGUCAGCAGCAGUAACUCCACUGCCCAAGUUGUCUGUUCGGCGCGAAUACCAUGUGUCGUGGAUGGGUUGAUCUCACAGAACUUUCAGUCGUUCGCCCUGUAUGCGUCACCUCCAACUGAAUGUUCGUACUCGGCUAGCAUCUCCAUCGCUAAUACCCAUGUUCUUUCCAUCUGGACUGAUGUCGCGUGCCAUACUCGCCCUCCAGAUCAGCCCCUUGCUACCAUAGGGCUUGGCCCUGCUGAAUGUCCACUCCUGAAGGAUGUCAUCAUGCUCGUCCGCCAGAUCAGCCCCAUGCUAUUCCAGGGCAUGGUCCUGCUGAUUUGUCUGUCCCUGAAGGAUGUCGUGCUCGUACGCCAGAUCAGCCCCAUGCUAGUCCAGGGCAUGGUCCUGCUGGUCUGUCUGUCCUGGUCCCCGGAGGUUGUUGUCGCACUCGUCUGCCAGACCGGCCCCAUGCUAGUCCAGGGCAUGAUCCUGCUGAUCCACACUGUACACUUCUACGGUUUGAACCCUGUGAAUCAGCAAUCAGGAUCAAGUUGUCUUGGGAGGUUUCUCUCUCUACUCCCUCGUCUUUCAUACAUGAUGAUCUCCUACUGUUCCUUUCAUGAUGAUUUCUACAGAGAGAUUGCUGAACGUGCUACCUCAUCUCUGAUCCACAAUGUACACUUCAGAGAUUUAGACGUUGUGAAUCAGCAAUCAGGAUCAUGUUGUCUUGGGAGGUUUCUCUCUCUGCUCCCUCGUCUUAUACACCUGACGAUCAAACGCUGUUCCUUUAGUGAUGAUUUCUACAGAGAGAUUGCUGAACGUGCUUCGUCAUCUCAGAUCCACACUGUACGCUUCGACGGUUUGAACCUUGUGAAUCAGCAAUCAGGAUCGUGUUGUCUUGGGAGGUUUCUCUCUCUACUCCCUCGUCUUGCAGAAAUGAUGAUCUACGGAUGUUCCUUUCAUGAUGAUUUCUACAGAGAGAUUGCUGAACGUGCUACCUCGUCUCUGAUCCACACUGUACAGUUAAACAGUUUGGACGUUGUGAAUCAGCAAUCAGGAUCAUGUUGUCUUGGGAGGUUUCUCUCUCUACUCCCUCGUCUUACAGACCUGACGAUCCUCGAAUGUUCCUUUCAUGAUAAUUUCUACAGAGAGAUUGCUGAACGUGCUUCUUCAUCUCAGGUUAGAUAUACAAAGAUAUAUUUUGGUUUCAAUCAUAAAGGAAUAUGAGUCAAAAUAUAACCCAAAAUGAUUUUCUGGGAAAAAAUCAGCUUUAAUGAAAAAUAUAAUGAAACAUAUUGUAACGAAGAAAGUAGCAAUAGUGGAUGAACAAAAUAAAAAUACGUUUUAUUCAGACGAAUGGGAAAACAGAUGCACUACACAUGCAUAUAUCCAAGAUCAUAAAUGUUGGUUGGCUAACCAAGAUUAAUCGGUUGUUGGUAUUAUGAUUCUUGAUAAUAACGGUGUCAAUAUAUCAAUAUCACGAUUGUGUAAUUAUGAUAAUGAAACGCAUGAAAUAAAUUACUAUACAGUUUUGUAGAUUAUGUCCAAGACAACCUGGGUGCCAGUUUUCGGCGCGAUCAAACGUCAAACGGCCAAAAUCUCAAAGGGGGCCCUGGGAGCCCCCCCCCCCCUCCGGCCACAUGAACUCCCAAAAUACCCCGGCUUACAUGUAGAUAGGGUUAAAUUUUAUGCAACAAUGGUCGCAACCAGGGCAAAAAUGUCCUUAGCCUUAGGCUUGAAAUAUCCCGUUAUUCGUUAAAUGCCAUUCCUAGGUAAAACUUUACACUGCGCAAGAUUUACCGUAUAAAUGUUUACUUUAGCUAAAGGGUCCCAUAUCCUGCGCAGUAGGGGCUCUUCAUCUGUAACCUUCAAAUGGCUCUAAAACGCUCCCUGGUGUGAAGGGAGGGGGGUAACGUAAUGAACUAAAUGGAAAACAAUGAAAUAUGUUAUUUACUGAAUAUAACAUAAACAUAAAUAAUUUAAUAAUAAAAGAAUGAAUUUCAAUUCAAAACGCCAAUUGUUUUUCGGGCUCUCUUCGCUCGCUGGCGACUUUUUACAUUUUUUUCCACACGGCUAUGUUGUGACCCCUCAAAAUAUUUGUUCCAUUGCACAAAUGCGUUGAAUUAAUGUGUUGUGUACAAGAUAUAUACUGUAUGUAUAUGCGAGUUGAUUAAGAAUAGCGGCAAUCUCCAAGGUCACCCGCUUAGCACUGGCAGUUUUCGAAAUGACCAUGGCCCCAAAAGUUCUACAACCAAGAACAAAAGAGAAAAGGAGGAAAGACAAGCUAAGGAAAAGUGCAAGAUAUGAUGUUAGGGCCCAUUUACUGAAUAUAAAGUCAGAAAUGUCUCCAAAUUAGAUAAUCAUGAAAAGGUAUAUUAUUUUCUCACUCGCUCAGGACUUCUAUUACGCAACUUUUUUGCGCAUGCGCCAUACUGCGCACUUUUUUGUUUUACUAUUUACGCUACCGCCGCGUAAGUCUCCUCGCACAAUCAUUAAAAAAAAUCGAAUCCUGAUCACAGUGGCCUAUAGACAAAAAAGGAAAGAAAAGGAGGGAGAGAAGAACAAUUGUAUCAUUUUCUGAAUACUUUGUGAAAAUCUGUCACAAAAUUUGAUUUCUUUAAUAUUGUCAAAAAUUUUGCUCGCUCACUUCGCUUGCUGCAACUCUUUUAGGGAAUACAUUCUGCCCGGAAUGCCAAAUCUGGACCCUCAAAAAUGUUGCCUCAUUACACCACUGCCCCUUCAUACCAUGAUUACCAUAAGGAAAUUUGUGGCUCUUGCCCCCCCCCCCCCCCCUGGCCGCUACCUCUGUUACACCCCUGCUGGUAAAUCAACAAUCAGGAUAUUGCGGUCUUGAGACAUUUCUUUCUCUACUCCCUCGUCUCACAGACUUGAUGAUCUACAUAAGUUCUUUUCAUGAUGAUUUAUACAGAGUGCUUCUUCAUCUUGGGUUGGACAAACGAUUGGAUAUCUGGAUUUCAAUAUGAACAUAAUAUCAGUCAAAAUUUAACAACAAAAAUGAUUUCAGGAAAAAAUAGAGGUUUUUAGCUUUAAUGUGAUAUUUCUUC